CUGACUUCUGGAGCGCGCGCAAGGAAAGGGUUGAUUUCCUUCGAGCUCAAAUUCAUGUUUCAUCCGAUUACUGUAUGAUUCUGUAAUCCAAAUCGCAAGGCCUUCUGACUUCAGGCAUGAGGAGACAGGAGUGAAGAAUCUGUUCUCUGCUGGAGUGUGAGGUUGGGUGAAGGAUGCUGGAGGAGAGUGACGGAGAGACGGAGGAGAUGGGAAGAGGUGGUGGAGAGGGUCUUCAAAUGGAGGUGGAGAGGCUGAUGGCUGAACUCCAGGAGGCCAACGAGGAAAAGUUACAGGCUGCACGAUAUGGCCUCGCCGUUCUGGAGGAGAGCGCUGUACUGAAGAGCAAACACAGCCAGCUGGAGGAGGAACAUGAGGCACUUAAGAUGGAAGUGCAGCAGCUCAGAGAGGCACUGGCAGACUCUGUGAGCAGCCAUAAGCGUGCAGCUGCAGAUGGCGAGAGUCGAGAGGAGAGGCUCCUGCAGGAGUCGGCCAACAAGGAGGCAGAAAUGGAUAUUCGCAUGGAUGAGCUGCAGGCGGAGCUUAAACAGGCCCGCGUCAUGCUGAACAAUACCUCGGCUGAAAACGAGAGACUGGUCAGCCUUUCCACACAGAUGAAAAAGGAGUGCGAGUGUUUGGAGGUGGAGAAGACCCGGAUGAGAGAGGAGAUGAAGGAGUACAAGACUCGAGAGGCGCAGCAGCUACAGGAUAACAGCGAGCUGGAGGAGGAGAAUAUCUCCCUGCAGAAACAAGUCUCAGUGCUUAAGGAGAACCAGGUGGAGUUUGAGUCUGUGAAGUUGGAGUUGACCCAUAAAGAUGAGGAGCUGGAGCUGAUGAGGGCCCAGCUGGAAGAGGCUGGCCGUCUCCGGGAGAUUGCAGAGCACCAGCUGGAUGAAGCACUUGAGGCCCUGAAAGAGGAGAGAGAGCAGAAGAACAGCCUGAGACGAGAAGUUGCAGCACUCACCCUCAACCCCUUCGACUCUAUUAGCCACUUAGAAAUACAGCUGAAUGACAGCCGGGAUGGAGAGAAGGACAGAGAGGAAGGAGAGGAGGAUGAAGAAAUGGACAGUGGGUAUAAUAACUCCAAAGGUAUGGAGAGAAACAGGUGCUCCACACCUAGAAACAGUGAAGUGUUCCUCAGACCCCAAGCUCCUGGGCUGGUCUCUGACCUGCUGAGCGAGCUGCACCUGUCAGACAGCCAGAAACUCAAGCAACAGCUGAUACAGGUGGAGAGAGAGAAAGCCACCCUGAGCAGCACUGUGCAUGAGCUCCAGCAGCAGUUAGUCCAGUCUAAAGAUGCCUUCAGUGAGCAACAGGAGAAGAUGGAUCAACUGACUCAACAUUUGGAGAACCUUCAGAACAUGAUCACUAAAAGGUCUGCUGAAGAUGGAAAUCGAAUGAGCUCGUCCCCUACAUCCCAAGAUCCAGAAAAUGGCAUCAACUACUAUGAAGUGGACACAAAAAGCACAGAAGUAUUAGAAUGCCGAAUGCAAGCGGCCAAUGAGGAGCUUGCACGUCUACAUGUGAAGCUUAAAGAUGCUGAAAAACGCUAUAAAACCCUGGAGGAGCGAUGUAAGCUGGAGAAACAACGUUGGAGAGGCGAGGCGCAAGAUCUCGCUGAUCAGAUUCGCCAGUGUAUUACUGCUAGCCGACAAGACCAGGAGAGAAUAGGACAGUUGGAGAGAGAAAUUGGUGCUACGCGGAAGGUUGCCACCGACUCUGAGGGCCACUUGAGUGCUGCACAGGAAGAGCUUCUGGCCUUCUCCGAGGAUCUAGCCAACCUUUAUCAUCACGUGUGUGUUAGUAACAACCUCACGCCCAGUCGAGUUACACUGGAUUACUAUCGCGAAGGUGCCCAAGCAGUGAGAACACAAAACCAUCAGCUGCCACACCACUACCGUGGAUCCUUGCGCAGACAAAGGCGAUCUGGUGAAGUGUUAGACCCUAACAGCACAGGAAGUGGAGAUGCACCCUCUAACUGUGGAAGUUGUCCCGGAUCUCCUACACUAGACUUCAGGGACCCAACCAAUGUGCGCAACCUGGUGGCAGUCAUACGCUGUCAGAUUAAGCAUUUGCAGGUGGCCGUGGACUUGUGCAGGCAGCGCAGCCUGUUGUCCUCUCCAGCAGCUGGUGGAAGCACUGAAUCCGACCGCGACACAGAGGCACUGAUUGAAGAGGUGUUAAAACUUAAGUCCCUUCUUAGCACCAAGAGAGAGCAGAUUGCCACUCUCAGAACUGUCCUAAAAGCUAACAAACAGACAGCAGAGUUGGCUUUGACCAACCUGAAGACGAAGUAUGAGACAGAGAAAAGCAUGGUGACUGAGACGAUGAUGAAGCUGAGGAAUGAGCUGAAAGCCUUGAAGGAGGAUGCAGCCACCUUCUCCUCAUUGCGGGUCAUGUUCGCCAGCAGAUGUGACCAGUACGUAACUCAGUUAGAUGAGAUGCAGAGACAGCUCGCCGCCGCUGAGGAUGAGAAGAAGACCCUCAACUCUCUGCUUCGCAUGGCCAUUCAGCAGAAGCUGGCACUCACACAGCGGCUGGAGGACCUGGAGGCUCCUCUUUUCCCACUCAGCAAUGGUGGCAGUCCACGCCAUUCCUCCCGAACCAAACAUAUGAACAAAACAGGACGAGCUCCGCGGAGCCCCAUGAGAAGCAGUCCGCGCUCCAGUCCGGUGCUUCCUACUGCCAGCCACAUGAGGGCGAUCUCACGCAGUCUUCACUGCAGUCCUAGAUGAACAUCUCCUCGUGUCCUCCACCCUCAUCAGACCUCACCUCAUUGGAUCUCCAGUCAUGUCUCUCCUCGUGCCUCUCCCACCCUCUCUCGCAUCUUUAUCCUCCAUGUGUUUGAUCCAGUCAUUCAGCUUCAAGAUGCUCAAAGCUGAACACCAUCAUGACAUCCCAUGAUGAGCCAUCAUUCAGCUGUUCCUUCCUUAUUCAUGACAGCAUGUACUUCCCACCGGCUCUGGCUGACCUUUCCUGAUCUUUCCUGACCUUUCCCAGCCAUAGACAAACACUGAAUGGCGGAUUUUUUAGGACAUUCCUCUGGUGUAACUGACUAAAAGUCUACAGAGUUUUUAUUGGUUAUUUACUAGCAACCUGGCCUUUUAAAGACCAAUGCAAAACACACACACACACACACACACACUCAAGCAGUAGUCAGAACAAUGAACUAUGCAGAUGUACAAAGACUUUUGCUGCUAAUUAGCUCGUGCACAAUAAAUAAAUAAAUAAAUCAACUUCCUAAACUGCCAGUUUAUCCUGCCUUCAAGUAAGGGUUAACCCGCAGCACUGUUUGACAUGUGAUUUUACUUUUACGGAGUCAGACUGUGGAAAACUGCUCACUGUGUUUGACCAAUAAAGUCUUGGGAACACAUUAAUGGCUAAAGAAAAUGGAUUUGGAUUUAAAGUAGUGCCUUAAUUCUUUGAAGAUUUGAGUGGAGGCUUGUAGAUAAUUGGUUUCAUAUUUUGUUUCUUGAAUUAACGGGAAGAGUUUAGAUGGUUUUAAGACUAAUUAUGGACAUUUGUUUGUGCAUGUAUGUGCUGAUAAUGGUAAAUUCCCUGGAAUAGGCCUGUUUUGUUAAAAAACUAGGCCUUAGCAACCAAUAUUCGAUUGUUCUUGUGAGAACUGUGUAAGAUGUUGUUGAUCUGCCUGUCCAACACUUUCAUCUUGUUUCAUUCAGCCUGUUUUGAUUUUCCAUAUUGCAAAAACAAAAUCUUCCUGUUGUAUUUUUAUUGUUUUCAUUCCGUUUUUACCUGAUUUUCUUUUUGUAUUUUAUUUUUCAGACCUACAGAGUAAUACAUUUCAUGUAAUAUUAGAUUUAUCUUGUUUGUGGUCAUUGUAGUGAAGAAAUAAAAUUAUUUUCAAUGUUU